AUUCAUAAUGGGUGACAUUGAGAAGGGUAAGAAGAUUUUUGUGCAGAAAUGCGCCCAGUGCCACACAGUCGAAAAGGGAGGCAAGCACAAGACCGGACACAACCUGAAUGGACUGUUUGGAUGGAAGACUGGGCCGGCUCCAGGUUGUAGUUACACAGAUGCCAACAAGAGCAAAGGCAUCACCUGGGGAGAGGAAACACUGAUGGAAUACGUGGAAAAUCCCGAGAAGUAUAUCCCUGGCACAAAAAUGAUCUCCACUGGCAUUAAGAAGAAGGGUGAAAGGGCAGACUUGGUAGCAUAUCUCAAAAAAGUCACAAAGGAGUAA